AUGUUUACAUCAUCAUCAUCAUCAUCAUCUGCUUCCUCCUCCUCUUCUCUUCUUCUCUCUUCGUUCUUUGUCUUCUUCCUCUUAAGUGUUGCUGUCGUUCGAGCGCAGUUUGGAAUGCCCGGAAUGGGAGGAGGGAAGAACAAAGAGACGUUUCGAGCGGUCAAAUCGGAUUCGAAACUCAUCCAUUGCGAAGUCUGUCAAAAAGUCUCGAAAAUAGCCUUUGAAACCGGCGUGCGCUUGAGAGAAGAGAAAGGAGAGAAGUUGACCGAGGUUGACGUGAUCGAAGAGAUGGAAUUAAUGUGCGACGAAUCGGACGAUAAGACCAUGUGGGCGGUCCAAAACGAUUUGAAAGUGAAUUUCAGAAACAAAUUGGUUUUGAAGUUUAUGGGUGAAGACGCGUAUUCGUCGUGCGAAACGACGUGUAAGACGAUGUUGAAAGCGUGCGAAGAUGUGAUGGAAGGGAGAGAUACGGAUUUAGCGGAGAUUUUGUUUAAGAAUCGAAUUAAAACGGCGAAAGGGAUCGAGGAGUGGUUGUGCACGGAGGAGACGGAGAGUUGCUCCAAGAAGGCCAAGAGCGUUUCCAAGACGCGAAAGCCGUUGCCGGAGUUUAAGAAAAAAGAGAAGAAAGACAUCGAUACGGAGAGGAUGAUGGGAAAGUUGAAGAAUAUGCCGGGAAUGCCGGGAAUGCAGAUGUAUAAUCGAGACGACAUGAUGGGAAUGGGCGGCAUGGGAGGUGGAGAUGACGAUUACGACGACGACGACGAUGAAGGAGGAAUGGGCGGCAUGGGCGGCAUGGGCGGCAUGGGCGGCAUGGGCGACUACGGUGACUACGGCGAUUAUGGCGACGAUAUGCCUUCCGGAGAAGAAGAAGAAGAAAAAGAAGGCGAUGACGUCGGAGCGUUUAAUAGCGCUGUUGACAACGACGAUGAGGACGACGGCGACGAAGAAGACGUGUCCGGUCAAGAAGUUCCGGUCACUAAAAGUGACAAAAAAGAACAAGGUGGCGGCUUGUUCUCUAAAGUCUCGGGCGCGUUCAACCGAUUCCGAGGAGGCGACAAGAAAGAGCUCUGA